GGUGACCUUUUGUUUCUCGGCGCAGUCAUGUACGAAAAAGGUGAGGAGUUAACAACAACGGAGUCGGUUGGCUGCGGACUACCGAAAACAAACGGUGUGAUGAGACGGUGUGCUCUGACUAUCUGUCCGUGUAGUCUUCACCGGUCCUCACACACAGCUACACACACAAACGCGCGCAGUAGCCUACUGCCAAAUCGUGCGGUCUCUCACGCACAUACUCUCUGCUAGCCAGACAGAUACAGAAGCAAUGGGAGACAAUUACUGAGGCAACCACGGAGAGAUAGAUACACACUGAGACCGACUAUGGCUGUGGACGCAGCGUCCAGCUUCAGUUUCUGCCGUGCGUCCCUGGAGCACACAGUGUCUGUAGAGGAGCUCAGCUACCAGCUGCCUCGUCGGCCAGGGGCCAGUCUGACCUGGCACGAUGGGAGGGGACAGAAGAACACACACACCGUCAAACUAUUGCAGCAGCCUGGCACAGAGGGCAUACAGCUGCGUCCAGGCGAAGCUUUCACUGUGUACCACACCAGCCCUACUCUGUCCAGUCUGUCCAAACCAGUGGUUCUGUGGACCCAACAGGACGUCUGCAAGUGGCUGAAGAAACACUGUCCCCACAACUACCUGACCUACGUAGAAGCCUUCUCCCACCAUGCAAUCACAGGUCGUGCAUUGCUGAGGUUGAACGGAGAGAAGUUGGAGAGGAUGGGCAUUGUCCAGGAAACAUUGAGACAGGAGGUUCUACAGCAGGUCCUUCAGCUACAAGUCAGAGAGGAGGUCCGCAACCUGCAGUUGCUCAGCAGAGCCUCCUUUGGAAACAUCUCUUAGCUCAUCCCUCCCUCCGUCCGUUUGGCAGCCCUCACUCUCCUCUGCUAUUUCCAGUAGCCAUGGAAGGACCUGCUCGCUCCAGAUAUGUGACCGCAGAAUAGGGCUGUGAGAGGAGGGAAGAAAGGAGGGGAGAGAGGAUGGAAAAGAGGAGAAGAGGAGCCUUUAGACUACAUGCCAAACACACUGAAGGAGGUUUCCCAUUCAACAAGGCCAAACUGGUUUAAAUGAUGAGAGAGAGAGAGAGAGAAGUGCUGAAUACAAGGGCACACACUGUAACAUAGAUAUAAGAUGUUUGAAAGGAUGUUGACAAUGUAGACAAAUUAGAUCUUAACUACAACAGAUUCCCCCCUUUUUGGUUUAUUUUUUUAUUUUUGGGUGUAGAGAGGAGUAUUGUUACUGAUCAAUUACUGUAGUUCAUUACGUUGGGGGCAUUACUCCAAGGUUGGUGGAAAGGAAAUGCAGCAAACUACUGAAUGUCAAUGUCUCUGUAUCAUACUCACAUCACAACCCAACUGUUCACAAUUUAUCUUUUCCUCUCAGGAUUUUCAUUUUGGAAUAUGUAUUUAUAGUUUUGAUAGAUCUAAUUCAUACAGUAUAAAGUAUAUAUACCCUUGCCUUCAUUAGCACCCUCUCCUCAAAGCACAUUCUCUUCCUUUCAUCUCUUUUAUAAAGCCUUGUCUUCACAAUGUACAGAAUGUCACCCCCCAGAUGAUGUCUUUGUACUGUAAAUGAACCAUGUCUAUGACAAACAUAUACCGUACCAGUCAAAAGUUAGGACACACCUACUCAUUCAAGGGUUUUUCUUUAUUUUUACUAUUUUUA